AUGCUCGGUAGCGGCGCAGGCCUGUCACCGAGCCUGCCAUGCUGCCAAGCCUGCCGUGGUGCCGAGCCUAACAUGCUGCCGAGCCUCCCGCGGUGCGGACGUCCGUCCGCGUCCGUCGUUCAUGAUGGGACCAUCAUGGCAUGCAUGCAGGAACUUGACAGCCACAAGCGAAGUUCUGCUGGUAGUCUCGAUAGGGUUGUCUAUUGCGCGCCGAGCAUGGCGCUAAAAGACAAAGUUGUGUUGAAGAUGGGCGACACGAUCGUCGACGUGCUGAUGGGCCCCGUCUACGUCGAGAGCGUCGUGCGCCAUUACCCGCACCACGCGGUCUUUUCGCCCGCCGACGCCAGCAGCUCGUCGCUUUUCGCCAAGCGCGAGGGGCCGCUGCCGCCCGGGCGGAUCCUCAAACCGGGGAGGUGUUACCACCUCGUGCGAAAGGCAUCAGCGAAGAGCGGAAUCGCGAGCGGAGAUGAGCCUGCCCAUGUGGAUGAUGGGGGGACGGCGGGGCGGAAGCCUCCGCGGGAUUUGCGCAGAACACCUUCCGCCAACGAAAGGGACGAGCGCAAUUUAUCUCCGCCCUCCGCGCAUCCGCACUCUGCCGUUCCGCCACUGGCGCACGUGCCCGCGCGGUCCCCGCCCCGCGUCACUAUUUUCGCGAAGCCCCGCCAUCGCGUCAAUCACAGCACCAGCGCGCUCCCCGACCUUUCCCCCGACGCCUCUCCGCCACACGCCCGCAUCACCGCCGGCGCCGCUGCAGCGCCCUUCGCCACAGGCGCAUAUGCCCCCGCACAUGCGGAUAGCGGGGCGAGCAGGCGGCGUGCGGGAGAGACAGGCGGGACGGCGCCGAACGGGAAGACGGGGGAAAGCCACGUGGGGGAUGGGCUGCACGCGGGGCUGGCGGCUUCCCCCGGGCGGCUGAUGGUGCCGGCGCUGCGGCGGUCCAGGCGCGGCAUGCACCGCCCGUGCAAAUCGCUUAGCGGCAGUCCGGAUGAGAUCGGGGGGCUCGCGGCGGGGCUCGCGGCGGGAGAGGCGUGGGGGGAAGAAGAGGUCGGGGGGAAGGCGGGGGAUGGGCGAUGGCGCAGCGCGCAUGUGACUCCGCAGGGGAGCGCGCACGGGACGCCGUAUGGCAGCGCGCGCGCGAGUCCCUUGCGCGGGUCCCUGGCCGCGUCAUGCGGGAAGGCUGCCGCGCCGCCAUGCGCCAGCGCGCUGAAGCCAAGAACCACGGGCGGGGAGGGCGCAGUGGCGCAUGUCGCAGUGGGGGGGGCGGGGGCGGGGGCGGGGAGCAGUCCGCUGAGGCGCAGCCACGGGCGCAGGCACUCGAGCGCGGAGGGCGUGGGGGGAGCGGCGGCGCUGGACGCGGUUGAGGCGCUCAUUGGCGCGCAGAGGGUGCUGGGCAUGGCGGAGGGGGGCAGGGGGAGGGGCAGCGGGGAGGAGGAGGGGGGAGAGAUGUGGGGCGAGGGGAAGGCGGGGGAUAAGGGCGAGCAGGGGUGGGCGGAAGCACUGGUGGAGAGGAUGAGGCAGCUGAGUCCGCUCAAGGGGAGGAGGAGCCCCUUAAGGGGGCGGAGCCCCCUAAGGGGGAGGAGUCCGCAGAGAGGGCGCAGCCCUGUGGGGGGGAGGGCGGAGGGGCAGCGCAGCCCUGACCUUGCGCGGCCGCCCUGUGCUGUGCCCAGGGGAAGCAGUUUCAGCCCGCCGCGCAUGGCGUUUGACCAGGGAGAGAAUACCUGGCAGCACCCUGAACCCCACCGCCCCAUGCUGCACCCCCCCACGCCCGUGCUCUUUCUCACCAGGCCCGCCCACUCUUCCCCUCCUCCUUCCCAGCCCCGUGCCGCUGCUGCCCUCCCCGCGCAGCACUCUCCCCCUCACGCUGCCGUCCCCUCACACCGCUCUCCUCCUCACGGUGACGCGCACGGGCGUUACCAUGGGGCCUCCAUGAGCGGUGGCCCUGUGAGCCCUCGUGCUGUGAGUGAUGAGGAAGGAAGGGGAGAGAUGGACACAGAGAUGUGGUGUGAUGGUGAUGAGAGGGAGUGGGCGACGCAGGGGCAGCAGGGACAGGAGCAGCAGCAAGGGCAGCAGGAGCAGUCGCAGGAGCAGCAGCAGCGGGGCAGGGAGGAGGCACGUAGUGAACUAACGCGCAAGGCACGUGACAAGCCUAAGGAGGGCGCCAAGCCGAAGCAAGACAGUGGUGGCGAGGGCAGAGGGCGAGAACGCAGCCCACUGAGGCGCUUGCUGCACGCUAUAUCUCUGGACGGCAAGGGCAGUGAGGGCGACAAUCCCAAGGAGGAGGGCGUCAAUCCGAACCACGCCAGUGACCGCGACCGCAGCCCUUUGAAGCGCCUGCUGCACGCCAUCUCCCUGGACGCCCCCUCCCGCCCUGCCAGGCCCAGGCGAGCCGUGGACGACAGCUUGGUGGGCAGCAACAGCAGCAGCGGCGGCAGGGCCGUGCACGGCACGCCGGGUGGAGCAGCAGCAGCGGAGGAAGUAGAGUGGCAGGCGGCGGUGGCGGCGUUCAGGCGGAGAGUGGAGGUGCUGAACGGGGAGUGCCUGUUCAACUGGUCCACCGCCACAGCGGGCAAGGAGGAGCGGCGUGCCGUGAUGUGGAAGCCAGGACUGCCGGAUGUGCAGGAGGCGAGUGAUGCCGGGUCGUUUGCUGCUCCGAUCACACGGCACAAACGCACGCUAUCGGCUCACAUCACCAGCUGGCUGAGUUAG